AAACCACCUAUAAAUACGGACGACAUUAUUAAAUUAACGGAAAUUUUGAACGAAGAUCAAUUGGAUUUAAUUACUCCGAAGCUACUUGGUGAAUGGCCAAACACUUACGUAUUUACGAAAGCAAUUUGUGAAGAUACUGUACGGCAAUAUUCCAAUGGAAUUUCAACUUGCAUCGUUCGGCCAUCUAUCGUAGUCUCAACGGCAAAAGAACCUAUUGCCGGAUGGAUCAAUAAUCUGUAUGGAUUGACAGGUGUUGCUUAUGGUGCGAUGAUGGGUGUUUUACAUACACUGCAUUGUGAUAAUACGGUUACCUCAGAUAUUGUUCCUGCUGACUAUGUUAUCAACAAUACUAUCGUUGCAGCAUGGGACGUCGCACAAAAACGAUCCAUGCCACAGAAUAUUCCUAUCUCAAACGGAAUCAACAAGUCUAAGCCCGUUGAACAAGAGAUUUCAGUAUAUAAUUUGGUUUCUUCCGUUCAAAAUCGAAUAAGUUUGUUUGAUUUGGCCGAGAAAAUUAAAAAUAAUGGGGUUCUCUAUCCAUCGGAACGAGUUUUAUGGUAUUACUCGUUAAGUCUAAAUCGAAAUUAUUACGUCAAUUUUAUUUGGACAAUAUUUUUGCACUGGAUACCAGCAGUUAUAUUGGAUUCCUUAGCAUAUCUAAGCGGAAAAAAGCCAAUACUGGUAGAAAUCUACAGAAAAAUGGAAAAUUUUUAUAAUGUAAUAAGCUUCUUUAACACUCGUGAUUGGGAAUUUAGAAACGAAAAUGUUUUAAAAUUAUGGAACAAGUUAUCUGUCGUCGAUAAAUAUAACUUCUUCUUUGAUAUUUCUGAUGUUGAUUGGGAAUGUUUUUUUGAUAUUUAUAUAAGAGGACUUCGAGUAUACAUGUUAAAAGACCCAAUGAACACACUAGAAAAAGGAAAAAUUUGCUAUAGAAAAUUGAAAAUCGCUCAUUUUACGGUAAAAAUGUUGUCUUGUGAGAGCCAAUUAACAUUGCCUUUAAUUGAAAAUAAUAUUGGUAGCGCUAGGAUGCUAUAUUAUAGCUUACUUUUUUAUCAAACAAUAGGUGUUGUAAUAGUAACAGUAGUUGGCAGUCUUAGUCUUUCAACAUUUUUGGUUUUCAUACAGCACGCUUGCUGCCAAUGUAGCAUUAUCAAGUACGUUUCUUGUAGGACAAACGGUGAUUUUCACGUCGAAGACCGGCUGAGCGAUGGAAGUAUGAAAGUUUUCGAAAAUGCAGAAUUGGAAGUAUUAUUUAAUGAAGACUUGUGUCAACAAUCAGAGGCAAUCGUUAUCGAAUGCAAUUAA